GUAUAACAGUCAAGUGCAGUGUAAUUCGUAUAUAGCGUAGUAUUUUGCCUUAUUUGAGAAAGAUGGAGACUGAUUACGAUGAUGAUCGUGGUGGUUGGCGAGACGAGAGGAAUCGGAGUACUGAUGAAUGUAGUGGCGAAGAUACAUUCGAUAAUCCACAGGAAGUAUUGAAUGAAUGCUUGGAUAAGUUCAAAACAGCUGAUUAUAUUAUGGAGCCUGGCAUUUUUGCCCAACUUAAAAGAUACUUUCAAGCUGGAGGCAAUCCUGAACAAGUUAUAGAAUUGUUGUCCAAAAAUUAUACAGCUUGUGCACAGAUGGCGAACCUUCUUGCAGAAUGGUUGAUUCUUGCUGGAGUAAAAGUCACUGACGUGCAAGCGAUGGUUGAAAAUAAUUUGAAAGAUAUGAUACUUAAAAAUUUUGAUCCUAAAAAAGCAGACAAGAUUUUUACGGAAGAGGGUGAAACUCCUGCCUGGUUAACUGAAAUGAUACAACAUCCUACCUGGCGAUCCCUUAUUUAUAGGCUUGCAGAGGAAUACCCAGACUGCUUAAUGUUAAACUUUACUAUCAAACUUAUAUCUGAUGCUGGGUUCCAAGGAGAAAUUACAAGCAUUUCAACUGCAGCUCAGCAAAUUGAGGUCUUCUCACGCGUAUUAAAGACCGCAAUUGCUGGAUUUCUUCAAAAUACAGAAAACUGGCAGUCUAGCAUACAAGAGUGUGCAAAAAUGGUGUGUCAUGGUCAACACACUUAUGUAUACAGUCAAGUUUUGUUGCAAAUCCUUGCGCAAGAAUCCCGCGGUGGUUUCAUGAUGAAAAGACUUUCCCAAGAAAUCACCAAGUGCGCACAACAAGAUCGACAUGAUGUUACACCGAUAACAAUGGCCUUGAAUGGUGCUGCUAGCAGUCCUGGAGCAUGUCAAGCACUAGCAUCCAUGUUAUCAAGAAACAGCUUAAAUCCCGCUGAUAUUACAGUCUUAUUUAGAAAUUAUUCCACAACGGAGUCACCUCCUAUUGAACUGUUGCGCAAUCCACAAUUUUUAGAAUUACUGGUCGAUGCGCUUUUUAAACCUGGCGUAAAGAUAAAUCCUGAACACAAAUCAAAAUAUAUAUAUUUACUAGCUUAUGCAGCAAGUGUAUGUGAAACAAUCCCUAAAAAAAGCAAUAUCCGCAAAAUUAAUAAGGAUGAGUUGAAAACGACUAUUCAGGCAAUUGAGAAAGUGCAUAAUAUAUGUAAUGUAAAUAAAGGCUCGACGGAGCUAAUAGCAGAGUUGCACACUUUGUAUCAAUGCAUACGAUUUCCUGUUGUAAGCGUGGGUAUAAUACGAUGGGUAGAGUGCACUGUGACUGAACCAUCAUACUUCAAAUUAUGUACAGAGCAUUGCCCUGUACACCUCGCUUUAUUGGACGAGGUUGUAGCUUGCCAUCCUUUGUUGCAUCCAAAAAUACUAAGAUUACUUGUGCACUUGUUUGAAAGCAAACAAGACGAAUUAGAGAUACUUGUACAACUGGAAAUGAAAAAGAUGUUAAUCGAUAGAAUGGUGAAUUUACUAAGCAGAGGCUGCGUAGUACCAGUUGUAUGCUAUAUUAAGCAAUGUUGGCAACGUGGAGAUACAGAUGUAUCUUUAAUCAGAUACUUCGUUACUGAGGUCUUGGAAGCGAUAGCCCCUCCAUAUACAGCUGAAUUUAUACAAUUAUUUUUGCCAAUGGUCGAAAAUGAAGAGAUUACUGGAACUAUGCGUGGAGAGAAUGAGAACGAUCUAGUUUCUGAAUUUAUUAUUCACUGUAAGACACACUGUCCUGUUGUAAGAUGACGGUAUAAAAAUUAAUCAUGGGGAGGAC